AUGGAGGUGGACGAGCAUGUCCACACUUUAACUGAGAGCUUCGAGCCUUUUGCACCCAAAGCUUGCCCCAGCAAUCAGUUACUGGACUGCAUCCACUUUGACGAGCGCGAUCCCAUCCAGAAUAGGCGCCCGUACCUCGACAAGCUCAUUGCUAAUGCAAGAGCCAACCCCCUAACAGUACUGGCUGCAACUGAUGGCUCUGUCCCUCAGUCCAACCAGUAUCAGGCAGCUUCAGCUGCUAUCAUCUACAAGGGACAUCGCAAGCUCGAAAGGACUCGCUACGUCUCUGGCAGAGUUACUGCCCCCGAUGCAGAACUCAAUGCCAUAUCGUGUGCAGUGCACCUGGCUGUCAAGCAGGCAAACUGCCAACAUAUCAUGGUCUUCACUGACUCUAUGGGCUCGGCCCGCAGAGCGGUGGACCCCUCCAUACACUCUGGUCAGGCUUUUAGCCUGUCAGUAUGUCAUGCUCUCCAAGAGUGGUUUGAGGCGGACGAUCUCCGCUGCAUCACCUUUGUUUAUGUUCCAUCUGCUCUGCGCUGGGACAUCCAUGGCGAGGUACAUAAGUACGUCACUGAGCUCAAGGUCAGGGUUGGACGUCACAAGACAGACAAUUCUUUAGAUGUGCUUCACUCUCAAGCUGUGCAUUCAAGCCUGGAUGCAUGGGGUUCCAUGUUCCAGGAUCAUACCUACCGAGGCUCUGAGUUUUUGGAGCUUCAACAGCCUGACGGGCGGCCAAUCCAGCCAUCGUACCUUAAUGGGGGACCUUGGCUUUCAACCUUUGGACACAGUAUCACUGAGUUCGCUCGCGUUUGCUGGUGUAUAACUGGCCACAUGCCCAUUGGAGCGUACUACCAUCACUUCAAGAUCAAUGAGCCUCAUGGCUGCACUUGCGGGGCUGCGUUGCAGUCUCACCAGCACAUCCUCUUUCACUGUCAUGAUAGAUACUCUGUACACUAUCCCUGUUUUCUUGUGGAUAUUGCAUCAUUUUUGAAGUACAACCCAACAGCGUUUGGCUUCAACCGAGACCCCUCGGGUGUCAGAUAA